GUACAGGAGGGGACAAUACACUCUGGAAUCAUUUCUCAUCUUCAACCUUUUUUUGCUCUUUUAACACAAUCCUCCUGGGGCUUCUUGCUUUUAUCUGUUGAGCUACCGGAGCCACAGCCUUAGCAGGUGAAACCGCCAACCUGAACCAAGCCAGGCAAACGCUAAAGCAACCGCUCUCCACCUUCGCUAUGGAUAUUGCCAUCCAGCACCCGUGGUUCCGACGCGCUCUGGGCUCCAGCUACCCGGCCCGGCUCUUCGACCAGUUCUUUGGAGAGGGGAUGUUUGACUAUGACCUGUUUCCCUACGGCGCCUCCACCAUCAGCCCCUUCUACAGACAAUCGCUGGUCCGCAGCUUUUUGGAUUUCUCCAACUCCGGCGUCUCUGAGGUGAGGUCCGACAGAGAUAAGUUUGCCGUCUACCUGGACGUCAAGCACUUUUCUCCCGAGGAGCUCAGCGUGAGAGUGACCGACGACUACGUAGAGAUCAACGGCAAACACGGAGAAAGACAGGACGACCACGGCUACGUGUCCCGUGAGUUCCACCGCCGCUACCGCCUCCCCUCCAGCGUGGACCAGUCGGCCAUCACCUGCACCCUGUCGGCCGACGGCCUGCUCACCCUGACCGGGUCCAAGGUCUCCGGGGGCAGCGAAUCCGGCCGCAGCGAACGCAGCAUCCCCGUCACCCGCGACGACAAGACCAACGCUGCCGUUUCCUCCUAGAGGCCGAGCGCUACGAGGUUCUGACGCGGUCCGGUCGCCCAAUAACCAGCAUCGUCUUAGACGGAUGACCCUAUUAAUGAUUCUCUUUCCCACUCCUUAGAGGAAAUCUCUUCACUUAUUUUCUGUAGUAUUCUUAGAGCACUUACACAGAAUCAGUAAUUGUUUUAACUAUUGCUAAAAUCAGCCCAUGAUGGUGGAUAAGUGAGGGAACCGGGGAUUUUAAAAGGAGGAAAUCAUCCAAGGAUAAGACAUUCUUGACUAGACACAUUUUUCUGGUAAAUAUGUUGAUGAGCAAGAUUUGGUGGGAGGUUGGAAGAAGAGGUCUCGUGUCUUGUCCCAUCAGUGAAGUUCUGAAGUUCCAAUGGUUGCUUUUAUUGGCUCUGAACCCUCUCCUCUUCUGUCUUUCACAUGUACUGUAGUGUAGAUCUUGUUGGGCCAAUACCUGCCCACUCCUGAGAAAGCUAUACCAUAGAAACAUGUAAUAAAAGCUGUACAAUUACCA